CGCGUCGGCGCGAUAGCACAGGAAAGAUGCGCCCCCGAAUAUGCUGGCUCUCAAUGUUUUGCCUAAUCAAUCACCACACUCAAUGACUCGAAUCAGCACUCACGAAGACACCACUGACAGUCAUGUUUCAAUCAAUCACACUUCUCCUCCUCCGUUAAAACGAAGGCUUUCUUCUUCUAACGAGGUAGCCUAAGCAUUUGUUUUUCCAGUGUCCUUGUGCUUUGCUUGUGGAGGAAAGAAAGAAUUCCAGAAAGAAAGAAGCUUUUGGCUUUGUUAUGUUUUGGAGAGCGAUCGCCUCCCCCCUCCCCUCUCACUCUCUCACUUUCUCUUUGUCUCUUCUCUCCCCCUCCAUCCACCAAAUUGGCCGAAAUUAAGAGAGCGGAAGAUGGUUCCUCGCCCUCCCAAUGCAGCUAUUCUCCUCUUCCUCGCGCUCGCGCUGAUUCUCGCCGCUUCCGCCGCUCGCAUUCCUCGUUUGCCCGCGAAUUCUCCCUCGCCCAAUUCCGGCGCGCGCAAGUCGAGCGGGGCUCCGCUGUCCAAUCCCCUGCGCAUCCCGCCACCGAUCGAUCCCGCCUCGUCGGUCUUUGGUGCGUCCAAGCGGCUGGCACCCACGGGUCCGAACCCGCUCCACAACAGGUAGCGCUCGCGCGCGAGGGAGAGACGAGCCUUUAGCAGAGCUUUCUCCAAUUCUCAUGCAGACAAAAUGCCGGGGAGGAAGAAGAGGGGUGCAUUCCAUCUCACGCGCGCGCGCGGGAUCGCGAGGACACAUACUCUUGCUCGCCUCGAUCAUCACAGAGAUCUAUCCAAAAUCUAAGAGAUCAAGAGUGAUCUCUUGGUUGAUUUUAUUUGUUUGCAUCUUCCAAAAGGCUACGAGGAAAAGAUCCUACAAGCUUUUGGCGCUACUCAAGCUUGGAGCUGUGGUUUUGUUUGUCCUCUUCUUCUUCGCAAGUAGAUCGUCGUCAAGCGUGGGAAUAUAUCACGGGGGAAAAAAUCCCAUCCGGUGUAUGAUUGAUUGAUUUGGUAUUGAUGGUUCUGUGCAACCAUUGUUUUGGUGCUAUCCUCUCUAAUCGAUCGAUCGAUCAGAAUAGUUUGCACGCGCCUGGACAUUAUAGAAAUCAAUCAAAACCCGACCUUCUAGAAA